GACCAUGCGCACACUGGUGUGAGGUUGUUUUACCUUGAUGGUGGGGAAAGAAAGGUAGUGUCAUUGUUUUCUACUGUCAAGAUGAAGGUAUGAGGUGUGUGUGUGUGCUGGUUGAGGCAGCAUGAGUGUGAAGGCAGAGUAAGAGAGGAGCGGCUGCGGCCAGACAGUAACAGCAGCAAGAGCAGCAGCAGCAGCAGCAGCCACACUCGUCUACACCUGCCAUCACUUGUCUCUAUCUCACCUACCUACACCACCUCCUCCACACACGGUUAUUAGCUGUUAUCCCACAUCUGUUAUCCCACUCAGCCCCUGUCAAAGGCAUUCUUCUGCCCUGAUGUGACCCACAACGUUCUAACAUCCAGAUACUGUACAGCAAGUCCUCACUUAAUGUCAUCAGCACCAUGUCUGGCCAGCGUGGAGGAACCCUAGGAGCAGGAGGCAACAGUAGUGGAAAUAGUGCUAGCAACAGUUCUGGAACCAGUAGCAACCCUCAUGGUUUAAAACAAAUUGAUUUAGAUCAAAUUUGGGGAGAUCUUAGACAAGGCAUUGAGCAGGUCUACAAUAGUCAAGAAAUGUCGAGACCUCGCUACAUGCAACUUUAUACACACGUUUAUAAUUACUGUACCUCGGUACACCAACAGUCAACCAAGGCUGGAAGCAGUGGAAGUGGACCACGGGCAAAAAAAAGCACCGCUACAGGUGGCGGUGCUCAGUUUGUCGGCUUAGAGCUUUAUAAGCGCCUUAAAGAUUUCCUUAAAACAUACCUGCUCACACUUAUGAAAGAUGGAGUAGAUCUUAUGGAUGAAGAAGUACUCAGAUUCUACACUAGACAAUGGGAAGAGUAUCAGUUUUCUAGUAAAGUUUUGAAUGGCGUUUGCGCCUAUUUAAAUAGGCAUUGGGUAAAAAGAGAAUGUGAUGAGGGCCAUAAGGGUAUCUAUGAAAUAUAUCAACUAGCUCUUGUGACGUGGCGUGACCAUCUGUUUCAGCCCUUAAAUAAACAGGUAACAAAUGCUGUGUUGAAGCUAAUUGAAAGAGAGCGCAAUGGGGAGACUAUCAACACACGUCUAGUUUCUGGCGUUAUGAACUGUUAUGUUGAGCUAGGUUUAAAUGAGGAUGAGCCAAGUGCUAGAGGCCAGAAUUUGUCUGUUUAUAGAGAAUCCUUUGAGAACACUUUCUUGGAAGACACAGAACGUUUCUACACCCGUGAAAGCACAGAGUUCCUUCGAAACAACCCCGUUACGGAAUACAUGAAAAAAGCGGAGACAAGACUUCUAGAAGAGCAGCGAAGAGUGCAGGUCUACCUGCAUGAAACGACGUUAGAAAAACUUGGUAAAACCUGCGAGAAAGUCUUAAUUGAGAAACACUUAGAGAUAUUCCAUAAUGAAUUCCAGCAUCUUCUCAAUGAUGAUAAAAAUGAAGACCUUGCUAGAAUGUAUCAACUUGUGUCAAGAAUACCAGAUGGUUUGCGUGAAUUACGAACGUUACUGGAGCAACACAUUACUAACCAGGGCUUGGCAGCAAUUGAUCGCUGUGGAGAGAGUGCUGUUAAUGACCCAAAAAUAUAUGUACAGACUAUCUUAGAAGUUCAUCGCAAAUACAACUCAUUAGUGCUAACAGCUUUCAAUAAUGAUACAGGCUUUGUAGCAGCUUUAGACAAAGCAUGUGGACGCUUUAUUAACAACAACAGUGUAACCAAACAUCCGAACUCCUCGUCAAAGUCUCCAGAGCUCUUAGCGAAAUAUUGUGACUUGCUCCUUAAAAAAUCUUCUAAAAAUCCAGAGGAAGCAGAACUAGAAGAUACGCUUAAUCAGGUUAUGAUAGUAUUCAAGUAUAUAGAAGACAAGGAUGUAUUCCAAAAAUUCUAUAGUAAAAUGUUAGCAAAGAGGUUAGUGCAACACAUGUCUGCUAGUGAUGAUGCGGAAGCAUCCAUGAUCUCCAAGCUCAAGCAAGCGUGUGGGUUUGAAUAUACGUCCAAGCUACAGAGAAUGUUCCAGGAUAUUGGUGUAUCAAAAGACCUCAAUGAUCAGUUUAGAAAACACCUGGUGAGCAGCAAUGAGCCUUUAGACUUAGAUUUUGCUAUCCAGGUGCUAUCAUCAGGUUCAUGGCCCUUCCAGCAGUCUUCAACAUUCACACUCCCUCAUGAGCUGGAAAGAAGUGUGUCCAGAUUCACAACAUUCUACUCAAGUCAACAUAGUGGUCGGAAACUUAAUUGGCUGUUUCAUCUUUCAAAAGGUGAAAUUGUUACGAAUUGUUUCAAAAACAGAUACACACUACAAGCAUCAACAUUUCAAAUGGCUGUAUUACUUCAGUUUAACAAUGCAGUUUCCUGGAGUGUUGGUCAUUUACAAGAAAUGACUGGCAUAACUCAAGAAAUAUUGCUUCAGGUAGUGCAGAUCCUUCUCAAGUGUAAGUUGCUCAUAUCAGAUGAUGAGGAAGACCUCUCACUGGAUUCCAGAGUCAACCUUUUCCUUGGAUACAAAAAUAAGAAACUCAGGGUCAAUAUUAAUGUGCCAAUGAAAACAGAGAUGAAGAUUGAGCAAGAACUUACUCACAAACAUAUUGAGGAGGACCGCAAGCUGUUGAUUCAGGCAGCCAUAGUUCGCAUUAUGAAGAUGAGGAAAGUGUGUAAACAUCAGCAGCUGCUCAUGGAAGUGCUUAACCAGCUGACACCAAGGUUCAAGCCUCGAGUACCAACUAUAAAGAGAUGCAUCGACAUUCUAAUUGAGAAAGAAUAUCUAGAAAGAAUAGAUGGUCAGAAGGAUACAUAUAGUUAUCUCGCAUAAGUUCACUUUGCAUACGUAGGUAAAAAAUCAGAAAUCACAAUGGCCAGGCAUUGUGUAUUUAGGAGAAAGUGCUGUGUGGUUAGCCACUGCAGGUUAUGUAAUGAACUGCCAUGUAAUCUGGGGCAAGUUUUUCAGAAGCAAUAGAAGCCUCCCUGCGACUUCAGGAAAGUUUGAGUGUUGACGCAGCCACAAGGCAUGUAUCAACAUAAUACUUCAUAUAGUUAUGUAUACAAAUCAAUGGCCCAUUCAUUAUAAGGUUAAAUUUGCUUGGUAGGAAAUAUUCAUAUUUUAGGUUUUAAAUAUUUUUCUCAAACUUUUAUUUUCUAAAUGGACAGCAUUACAUCAGGCAAGUUUAAACAUUUUUCAUCAUAACUUUGUUUUAACCUAAUACUGUCCUGACAUGUUUUGCAAGAUAUUCAUUUGUGUUUAAGCAAAUGUUAAAUAAAAACUGAAUGCAGUCUCAUUUUCUGUAUUAUGACCAGGAAGAGAGUCUGUACUUAAGUCUAUUUGAAAACAGUCUUGAGUCGUGGUUCACAUCUCACUGUACUUGCAUCGGGUGCUUUGCCUCAUCAUUUCCAUAAAAAUGCUCUUAUCAUUAAGCAGUCUUUAUGGACUUUGUUACUUAGGAACAUCAAAAUAUGUUAUGAAAACAGAUUAAUUCUUUGUCUCGAUAUUGAAUAUUGACGUGAUACACCUAAUGGAUAUUUUGUUGCAUUGGACUACCCAAAGUUCAUUGUGUUACUUGAGAUAUUACUAUUAAAAAAUGAUAUUUCAGAUUUUGAUAAUUCUUUUUACAGUUGCAGGAGGGUAUUCAAAAUUUGUGAAGAUUCAGGUUUAUAUCAGUAUUUUUUUUUUGACUAAAAUUACUGUAAUGCCAACUUCGUUUUAAAUUAUUCAAAACACAACAUUUUUCAACAACACUGGAGUAUUUUGGAAUAUGAUCGAAAAGGAGAUAAUACUUUAAACACUAGAUUACCCAUGAAAUUAUAUGCCAAACUAAACAAUGCAGAUAGAGCAUCACAAGUAUUCUCUUUCUCGUCUCAUUUCUUUUUUUUUUUUUCUACCUUUUUCUCGUCCAUUUCCUCUUUCACUCUCCUUUUUUCCUGUCUUUCUCUGCCCUUUUCUCUCUUCCUAUGUUUUGUCUUUUUAGUCUUCUCUCAUUCAUUAACACAAAUGUUUUUACAGGGUUGGGCUAAGAGUUCCUGCCUUUAUUUAGUAGUUAAGAGCUGUUACCUACCUCAGCUCAUUUAAAACCCUUCCCAAGCAUUAUCUUUAAAUCUUCUAUUUGCCUUUUCCUCAAUGUUUUUUGUUAUUUCCCCAUACAUAUAUAAAAUAUUUCCUCAUCUUAGCUUCCCAUCCAGGUAAAGGUGGUUUUGUGUAUAAGGGGCUUGGACAUACAGCAAGCAUGUGUGAGCAUGUUAGUGGAGACGAAUGGUUUUUGGAACUUGAUGAGCUGUUGUAGUGUGAGCAUGAGUCCUGGGAGUGGGAAAUGCAGUGCCUGCACUCUAAAGGAUAUUGGCUCUUUAGAGUGACAGCUAACUGUCGUAUCUGCUCUCCUCUUACAAGACAUCAUUCAAUUAUCAUUGUCUUGUAAGAGGAGAGCAAAUACAACAGUUUGGAUAUCACACUUAAACUGAAAAUCUACCAAACCCCUCCUUUAGAGUGCAAGCACUGGACUUCCCACCUCCAGAACUUAAGUCUGGUUAACCAGUUUCUCUAAAUCCCUUCACAAAGUAUUACCCUGAUCACACUCCAACAGCUGGUCAAGUCCCAAAAACUAUUCGUCUCCACUCAUUCCUACCUAACAUGCUCACACGUCUUCUGUAUGUCCAAGCCCCUUGCACGCGCUAGGUAGGAAUGAAUGGAGACGAAUAGUUUUUUGGAACUUGACCAGCUGUUGGAGUGUGAUCAGGGUAACACACACGCACACACGUGCACAUGUACACGUACACACACACUUACACACAUACACACACACAUACACGUACACACUUACAUGUACACACACACAUGUACACACACACACACGUACACACACACAUGUACACACACACACGUACACACACACGUACACACACACGUACACAUACACAUACACGUACACACACACGUACACACACAUACACACGUACACAUACACACGUACACAUACACGUACACACACACGUACACACACACACAUACACAUGUACACACACGUACACACACACACGUACACACACACACGUAUGGCGGGGCCAGGAGCUAAGACUAGACCUCUGCAACCACAAAUAGGUGAGUACACACACGUACACACACACACGGGGCCAGGAGCUCGGACUCGACCCCGAAACCCAACCCCAACUGGGUGAGUACACGUACACACACACAAGUA